UGACCACCUUGGUUGUGGUGGAUAUUUACGGACAACAACAACAACAACAAAUUCACACCCGCAGGCUGUUUUCAAUCUUUUUGCUCAGGUGUUGAGCGGUCACUCAGACAACACUUUUAAAGGGCAAGCUGUACCCGGGUACACAUGCACAGAGACUACAUAAGGCAUACAUCAUGGCUGCUGUGGGCACUUGGUCCUUCUCCCUCCCUGCUGUAGAAAGAAUGCGGUGCAUGAUUCUAGCUGGACAAAGUUCCACUGAUGUUGUAGAGAGUGCAAUUGCAGAUGUUGAGAAUGACGUGCAGACAGGCCGUUAUAUAGUUGGAAGAGGAGGCUUCCCCAAUAACAAGGGAAUAGUUGAAUGUGAUGCAGCAAUAAUGGAAGGUGUGCCUGGGAGAUUUGGGGCAGUAGCUGCAUUGCGCGGGGUAGGGCAGCCAUGUCGAGUAGCACGCCAAGUAAUGGAGAGAAGUCCUCACAGCUUUUUAGUUGGUGAAGGAGCUGAAGCUUUUGCACGGGAGCAGGGUUUUACCAUUGAGCCCAAUAACAGCAUGCUCUCAGACCAUGCAGCCACUGCGUAUCAGGAAUUUCUUGAAAAUGGGAAACAAGUCAGAGGCCAUGAUACUAUCAGUCUUAUUGCUUUGGAUCUUGCAGGAAACAUAACUGUAGGUGUUUCUACAUCAGGAAAACCUUUCAAGGCUCCAGGGAGAGUGGGGGACUCUCCACUCCCUGGUUGCGGCCUAUAUGCUGACCACAGAGUGGGUGCUGCAGCAGCAUCAGGAGAUGGGGACAAAAUCAUGUGCUACUGUCCUAGCUUUCAGAUUGUACAGUUGAUGAGACAGGGUUUGUCUCCUAAAGAAGCCUGUUGUUCUGUCCUUGCUGAUAUAAGGAAAAGAACUGGAGAAGACAAAUGCUUUGAGAUUGGGCUUAUUGCCUUAAACAUGAAGGGAGAGGUUGGUGCAGCUUCCUCAGUGGAAUUCCCAUAUACUUUCUGGAAGCAGGGAAUGGAUUCAGUGGAACAACAUGUCCUUUCUUAUUAAAUUUCCUCUUCCUUCUCAACAGUAUAAACUUUCAAAUAUGCAAUUUCAAGAGAUAAAAAUCUUGUAAAAAAAAAAAAAAUCUUAUGUACAGCAGUAUGAAUUAUAUAAUAGUAAUCUGUGUACAUAAUUGCUACUGUACUGAAGUAUUUCAUUGUGUAAUUUAUAAUUUAUUAGUAUAAUUUGGAAUUUUAUUAUAUGCCAUUUUAUUUUGUUUUUUACAUAAUGGUUGUGGGUUAUAAUUACAGGCAGUUACUCAUCAGAAAGAAUUAUAAUAUUAUGUGAUUCCUAUUGUAAUAUUAAAGGAAUAAUCUAUCUGACUCAGGCUUUCUUCACACACACACGCACACACACACGCACUUACUUUAUUGAUCAGUAAUUCAUAUUCACACCAGUCUAUGCCACGUUUCACUAAUGACGUAAUUUUUACCUCUUAUGAUAGAGGGCAGGAUUGCAGCAGUAGCGAGUGAGACGGUCUAACAACUAUGAACUCAUUACGAAUGCU